AUGGAUCCUCGAGACGUCCCAAAUCACAGCCCCGCUCACCCUCACAGCUUUUUUGAUGGCAAUCCAGGUGAGCGUAGUUUUAACUUUGUUGCUCGUUCAAUUUGUUUUGCUAGCGUUAUUUCGUCGUUACAACGAUCCCAUCGAGGAUUUCCCUUUCCUCUGUUUUUAAACCGUGCUCUUAUUCAUGAAUUGUUGAAGUUAAAAUUAGUUUGUUUAAUAGUUUGUAACUCUGAUAUUUGGAGCAGACUUGUCAUUAUUGUGCCUUUUGUUUCAGGCCAUCUUCGCUCACCUCCAUUGUCCCACGAUCCGUCUUACGGAAUGCAUGCAAGUGCCUUCUCUAUGAUGGGAAGAAGACCUGGUUUGCCAGACUUCAGAGGAACAUUACCUCAUGACCCUAUUCUAAGCUCUCCAGGCAGUUUGACUUCUCCUGGCUCACUACAUAGCUCAUUAACUGCUGGGGCAGGUGGUGCAGCUUGGUGGAUGCCCCCACAUCCACAUGCUCAUGGGAUGACACCCGAGUAUUUUCCCAGUCAUAUCCCUGGAAGCUGGCUAACACAUGAACAUGACUGUGGUAUUUCUAAUCAUGACAGACUUGAUGAAUGUCUAUACCCUCCAUCAAGGUCCAGAAGUAACAUGAUGAAUGGAGUAAAUUCGUCUGGUGUUUUUGGAAGUGGGUCAGGGAUCUUUUAUCCUCCACCAGCAAGUCCACAGUCGGUGCAUAGCUUUGUUCGCCAAACUAGUCCUACCACCAGUAGUUCAAAAAACACACUUUCACAUUGGAGUAGCCACGGCAACCAUGAUGGAAAGGGUGGUCUUGAUCUUGGGAACAGUCGUGACUUGGAGAUGGCCCCAUCACAUCUAAACAGGAAAUUGACUAACUGUAGUGAAGAAAGCAAUGAUAGAAACAGUGAGUUGAGAUCGGGUGAUUUAGCUUUGCAUCACAGAGAAAGAGUUAAAGAUGCCAAUAUCAGAGUCAACAGGGAGCUUGAAAAAACAAAAACUUCUAACAGCUUUCCUGAAAAUAAAGACUUAAUGUCUGGAAAUAAGACACAAGUUUUGCAAAAUACUGAGCAUAAUAAUAAAAAUGGCCAAAGACCAUCAAAUGUUGCUGCCCACAGUGAUAACAGCAACAUUCAAACGCAUCAAAAUAUUGGUUUAGAAAAGAGAAAUGACAAGAAUGUACAUGCAGGGAUUGUAGAAGAGAACCAUACUUCAUUAAAUCAGACAGCAAAUUUAGAGCCCACUGCUAAGUCAAGUCCACCAAAGUUGCAGAAAGUGAAGUCUGGCCCGCCACCUCCAUUAAAGGUGCCUUCUUCGAUUUUGAAUACGACUGAAGGAAUUAUUCCUACGAAACGAGAACCACCUGUGAAAAAGGGAAAAGAUCUCUCUGCUAUGCUCAAAGAGGAAAUGCUGAAACCAAGUAAAAAGGUGGUGGCUAGUACAGCUAAACAGACUGAAAAAGCACAGAAUAUUGUUAGCGGUGAAGUGAAAAGCAAACUGAAAAAUGUGUCUGAGCAAAACGUGGCCAGUACUUCGCAAGUUUCACCAGCCAGUCAAAAGCCUUCUUCAAAGCUGCCGGCGACUCAGCCAAGAGUCUCGUCAGGAAAGCCACCGUUAAUAGCGCAUUUCAGGGAUGUUAAGUAUAACGAGGAGAGUAGUGAUGAUGACAGUGAUAGUAGCAAUGUCAGUAGUGACAGUGAAAGCGGCAGCGCCAGCGAAGAUGACAGCGAGGAAGGAGAAGAAGGAGAGAAUGAAGAAGAAAGUAGCGGCAGUGAUACUGAUAGCGAUGGUAGUGAGGAGGAAGAAUGUGGCGCUGAACAGCAGGAUGAUGACGAGGAUGAAGAUGAUGAUGAUGUAAACAUGGAAAGCCAAGAAGGUGGUGUCUCAUUUGAAGAAUCAACUCAGUCACCCAGCAAAAGAAAACUUGAAGAAGGUUCUUCAGGUAAUAAUGUGAAAAUUUUUAAUGAUCAGAGUCACAAUUCAAUGAUAAUAAUGCUAAUAAUUAUAAGCACGUGUUGUUCUUUGCUUGCUGAAUGUUGACAUUUUUUUAUUUUUUAUUUUUUUUAUUAAAUGUUGACAAUUGAUGUAAAAAACAUGCCCAUUUUUUUCUGGGUUAUUUCAUACAUGUGAAGGAAUUUUCAAAUCUGGAUGUCUUUUUAGAAAUCCUUUCAAUAGUUCUUUUGGAUAAUGCAGUUAUUAAGGUUCCAGUGAAAUGUUCCAAAAGUCCCAAGUUGAAUGCAGAACUUUUCCAAUAAGCAUCAGUGGUUUUUUUCUAAUUUUUAAAUAUUUCUUUGUACUGUAGGCACACCAAGGAAAAGGCGUAGAGCAGUCAAUGAAGAUGCCAUCAAAAUUCCUUUGGAAAAGGGGUAAGAUAAAGCUUUUUAGUUUUACGAAAAAAAUAUAAAAAAGUUAAAAACACUUAAUGGACAUGGUUUGUACAUGUUUGUUGUUUUGUCUAACUUGUCCAUUUUUAAGUUCUUAGUUAAUUUCAUGGAGCUAGCUACAGUAUAUAGGAUCAUCCAUCUGACUCGGUUGUUCAAACAUUGGAUAGCGCUAUCCACCCGAUAAAUCACUCUCCAGUGGAUAAGUAUUAGGGAAAACAAUUGCACUAUCCACUGGAUAGAGAUUUAUCCACCGGAUAGUGCUAUCCACCUUCUGAACAAUUAUUGGGGCCCGCACUUGUAAGUACCGAUCAAAUGUAUAGUCCAGACUUUUUAGAGUAUUGGCUACAACACUGUAUUGUCAUUGCAUUGCGGAUAAGCACAUUAUUGACAUUCCAAUCCUAGCAGUAUGCAGGAUGUUUGUCUUAUGAACCUACAAUAGUUUAGUGGCCUUAUCUUGCACGAUACUCCUGUAGCUCACUGGUAGAGCAUCUGCUCUCGUUACCAGAGGGUUAGUCUCUUUCUCAUUCUUUUUAUCAAUCUUCACAACCAUGGUCUUUACCUAUUAUCACUGUACCUUUGUCUUGUUUGUUGUCAUCCUCUGAUUUCGUGAUUGUGGUUUAUGCGCAGGUGGCGGCGGCAGACCCGAUUACGUCAAGUGGGCGCGUCAGGUGGAUUAAGAGGGGAUGUUUACUACUUUGCUCCGUGUAGCAAAAAGCUUCGUACUUAUCCUGAGGUCACGAGGGUGAGUAAACAAUUACCAUACCUAUUGUGUAAUGAUGCAUUUUCAACUGGAAGUGCUGCCUAUUCCUUUUAACUUGACAUUAAUAGGGCCACCAUUUUUGUAUUGCUUUAAGUGCCUUAACUCUUUUAGAGAGAAUUUGCUGAAUAUUUUGGCAAGACCAAGAAGCUUAAUUCCUAUAAACGUGCUCGGCUCAAAGAGGUUGCAUAAGUUCCCUCAUAUCCUUUAUUUGUUCAUUCGUCAAUUCGUUUUAUUUUCACCAUUCCGUUUCACCUGCCUCAUCUCAUUAUUAUUAUUAUUAUUAUUAUUAUUAUUAUUAAUAUUAUUAAUAAACACUGAUGAGAGGCAUGCCAGAUAAUAAGUACAAAAUGUACAAUACAUUAGAAUUUCAUUCUUUUGGUGUGAAAAUGCUUUUGACUUUUAACAAAUCCCGCCCCCUGCUUCUGAGUACAAUGUGCUUGUUAGUAGAAAGAUUUCAUGAGUUGUUUGAAAGUUUAUGAAUUGAUUUGUUCUCUUUUUACAGUAUCUCAACAAGAAUGGCAUCACUGAUAUAUCUAUUGAAAACUUCAGCUUCAGUACAAAACUUCACAUUGGAGAGUUUCUGGAGUGUAAAGAGGUUUGUGUUGUUAAUGGUCAGUUUUGUUAUUAUGAAGUUGCAAGACAAGCGUGACAGUGUAACAGUAUGUAGUGGUACAGUGCUGCUCAAAACAAGAGCCCGAUGUAUAGUUUUGCAUGAAACCUUUCUAAGCUAACAUGGAUAGCCAAUAGUAUAUGGUACUAGGCAAAGAGAAUGUUUUGGCCAGUGCUGAAUCCGGGAAAUGUUGGAAAGAAACUUGAGUGGACACAUUAAAACUUCUCAAAGUGAGUUUUCUUUGCUUAAUAAAAACUGUUCAAACUGUUAACAGGGAACUGAGUUUGUACCUCUGUCUGAGGAGGAGGUCAACAGACGAAAACAAGAAGCAGACGAAAAAAACAGGGCUAAACUAGAGAAGUUAAAUACCAAGAGGGAGAAAAAGCAAAAACAAGCAGGUAUGAAAAUACUUCCAUGAUCUUUCAAUUUUGUUCAAGGAUUCAGAGUCAUUUUGCACUCUCAGAAUUCUGCUAUACCUAUUCUGCAUUUGAGCUUGUUUGUGCUACCAGACCCAGGUGGAUUAUUAUACAUUUCUGGGAAACUGUCCACCUACCUCUCCCCUAAGCCUACAUUAAUGCUUACUUCUCACUUAGGACAAAAUGUUGGCUUCAGGGAGGGGUAGCUGGGCAGUUUCCCAGAAACUUGUAAUGAUCCAUAUGAUUUUGUGUGGUGACAACUGUGCUUGUAGUUUGUAAGCACUUAGGGAAAGAAAACUAGAAUGCCUUUAUAUUGUAGAUAAUAAGGUAGAGAAAUGGUGUAUUUUAAAUUUCUUAUAGCUUUUUUUUUUGCUGCACAUGUUUUCUUAAGCUAGAUCUUAGCACCCUGUACAUACCAGUGCUAUUACUAAGGCUCAGGGAUUUCCCCUGGCUGCUUUAACCAUGGUUCCUGGAUAUUUUCGAAAGAAACGAAAGGAAAAUAUCACCUAAAUAACUUCCUAAAUGUAGCUGUUUGAUUUCUUGCCUACUAAUUACAUAAUUUUCCUCUGAAUCUUGAGUAAAAUAUGGCAUAAUACUUAAUUGAUCACCAUAGUAACCAUAAAGCUGCCUAAAUCAUAACAGUUUGACAACCUCAUGUUUGAUGUCUGUCAAAACUAAUACUCUAAUUAUUCAGAAAUGCUACUUCACUGUGCAUAAGUUUAAGUGUCAGUUUUUGUAGUCACCACAAAGAAAAGGGCAUUGUUCUGAAUUAGUUGUCCUCAGAUGGUAUAUAACAAAUCUGUGAUAGGUACAGGUAGGUGGGAGAAAUGAUCUGAGACUUUGCUGAGUGAUCUCGCUCUCACUGUAGAAAUGGUGCAGAAAGCAUUGGAAGCUAAGCUUGUAAGAAAAGCCCAACGGCAAGCUGCGUUGGAUGAAGCCAGAAUGGCCAAGAGAGAAAGAGGUUAAUUAAGAAUAUACGUAGCUUUACACUUAAACAGUUAAGCCCUCAUACAUUGACUAGCACUUAGUUUCUCCUUAUAAUUUCCUUUCCUGAUAUUGAAUAUAUGAAUAUAUAUUGAGUGUAGAGGCAGUAAUUUCUGAAGACAGAAAGUCUUGAUUUGAAAACAAAUUCUCAGUACUAGUAUCACACAAAAUAUCAGGAAGUAUUGAGGAGAAAAUGCUUGUUGUUAUUAGGGCUUGACAGGUUAAUCCUUUGACUCCCAGAAGUGGCCAAAAGUGCUAAUUGAAUCCAUCUUUCGAAAAUGAAGAAAGAACAGUUUGGAUUUCCUGGGAAUGAUGUGGCUCAAGCCCAUUUAUCCUUAGAGUGAUUGAUGCAUUUUGUAAGGUGGUUCUAACUUUUGAGUCUGUAGAUGAAAUCCUGAAGUGUAACCAUUCAAAUGAAAGCUACUUUCCUAUGGUACUGUUUAUUAUGCUGUACAAGGUGGUUCUAACUUUAGAGUUUGUGGUCGAAUUCCUGUGGUGUGACCAUACUAAUGAAACAUUUUUGGCAGUACCUUUACGUGGAAUAAUUUGUGUUUCAUGAUUUCACAAAAUGAAAUUUUGAAAUUUUGCUGGAUUUUGGCUUUGGCAACUCCUGGGAGUGAAGUGGUUAACAAUGCAUAUGUCAUCAAUAUUGCAUUACAGUGGUGACUUGUGCAUUUACGAGGGUGAUUCAGAAGGGCAGGUGUUGCAGUGCAGACUCAUUGCAGGCCGCACUUGCCUUUCAUUCUAACAUUGUGCUUUAUACAUUUGGCCAUAAGUGGUGAUUUCAUUUCAGAAAUAGCUGUUAAAGCAGCAGCAGCUAAACGGCUAGAAAAAGUUCAACGUGAAGCUGCUUUGGAAGCGGUUAAGAUGGCAAAAAGACAGAGAGGUUUUUAUUAAAUUCACAUAUUAAUUUUGUUCUUUGCUGGAUAAAAGUUCUAACUAUGUAAAUGAGGUAAUGUUGGCUGAACAUUCAAAGUGCUCAUUUUAGAAAAAUGUAAAAGGUGUAUAGUACACCAAACUGCUAAAAAAAAUGUUUAAAGUAAAAAGAAUGACCUUAUGUUUUGAUUGGUACAGAAAUCUGCAGGAUCAUGACCUCAAAUACAAUCUAGGGUUAUAUAACCCUUUUGUUCAAAUUAUUAUUUUUACCUUGGUCGAUACAGAAUUAAAGAUUUGUGUGCAGUUGACAUUCUUGCCCAUUUUCCAGUUAGCUUUAAGAUACCAUAGCUCAGAAAGAGGCAGCCUGUUCUUUUAUCUCUGUCCUAAAACUGUGGCUCUGAAGUCAGAUAUAUGUGUACUUCACAAAAACAUCUGAACAACAAACAUCUUGUUCUUGAGUCCACAAAACAAUGUGUUUUUUUAAAUUUCAUAUUCCUGGGCUCUAAACUACUUGAUUCAUCACUUAACAAUCUAGUCCUGUGCUUUUGCCAGGAAAAACAUUAAUUAUGGGGAUUAUUUAAAGAACAGAAUAUCUCCUUCUGAGCUAGGUAUUCUUAAUGCUACCCCAUUUUCUCUCAAUCUUUGGUAUUGUAUACUGAAAAGUUCUGACAAAACACAGAUACAGUGUAAGGUCCACAGUGUAUAUUUUGUCAUAAACUUCAACUUGUGGUUUUGUUUUUAUAGCUGAAGCAAGAAUGCGCAGCAAAGCCAUGAAACGAGAAGCGCUUCAAGCAGCCAAGGAAGCUAAAAAGGAAAGAGGUGAAUGACGUUUGGCUGAUGUAAAAAUGUUUUUUUAAAUUUACAUUAUUUUAUUCCAUUAAGUCUGCUCUUUUUAUGAACAACCAGUAACUACUUAUGUUGAAUUUCUUCAGUGCGGAUGCUGGCAGAGCAGAAGCGACUUGCUAAAGAGCGAGCUAAAGAGCAGCGACAGUUGGUGAGUGGUAGUUCUACUAUGAUAUGUUUAGCCUGCAAGCAAGCUCUCCUGGGGUUCCCCGGGGCACAGAAAUUUGAAUAUCUGCGUCCAACAACAACAGCAAUCAGUUUAUUUCUACUACUGUAGAAAGGCAACUAAAAGAAUAUGCAAGAAAUAAAAUUAUAAACAAACAUGAUGUGUUGGCAGUAAUAAUAUUACAUAUUAAUUUGAGGUCUGUGGUACAGGUAAUUAUUUCACCAGAUUUGUGAUGUAAUGGCAUGACACUUUUGUUGGUCAGGUGCAUAUUCUGAAUUAAAUUGCUGAUCCUUUGGGGCUUUCAAGAUCCAACAACUCCUUUGUGCCGUAUGCUUUUUUUACCCUUAGUUUUCUUUCAGAGUGCACAACUGAUGUGAUUAAAUCAAAUGACAUGCAUUAUUUUCUUUGAAUGUCUUGUAACAAGUCACCAUAAAAUGAGAAAAAGUAUUAUUAUUUUCAGUCAGCUCAAUCAUGUGUGCAAUUAAUUUGAUGAUCAAUGUUGUCUACACCUGCUAAUUUAUAUCUGGUUGUUUGUUAGGCUCGGCGAAAGAAGAAAGAAGAUGCUGCAAAUGCAAAAUAUGAAGAUGCCAUGAAGAAGGCAAAGGUAAAGAUAGAUCCAUGUUUGCAAAUUAGUUUCAUAAUAAAUUUAUUGGCUUUCAGUGGGUGACUUGAAAUUUUGAAGUCUAUGCUGCCCAUCUCCAAAAACAUUGACUUUGGCUCUGCAGGGCUAAAAAAAAUCAGAAAAGUAGAUUUUUUGCAUAAGAUUGUGACAGUAACAUGAAGAUACAUGAAUUGUGCUAUGUAAAUUAAACUGUAGUGUCACUUUGGAUAUGUAGAAUUGAAAGGAGUCAAUUGGUUUGCCUUAUGUCAUUGAUUAAUAUUGUUCUACUGCUGGGAGUUUGUUUAUUCGUUUUUCCUUAUAUCAUCAGGAAAGGGAACUCAAACGUCAGCAAGCUGUUCUUCUCAAGCAACAGGUUAUUGGUUUUUAAUAAUGCUAAUACUAAGAAAAAAUCAUACUAUUAGUUAUCAUCUCUUUUUAGGGGCCUUUCAGAGAUUUUGAAGUAAACAAUUUACUAGCAGUUGUUAGAUGAGGCUGAGGAUGAUCUGAAGAAAAAGCAAAAUAAAUUCUUACUUAAAAAUAUGCACAUCUUGAACAAUGCUACCUGAAAGUUUAAUCCUGUCUUCGUUUGUUCCUGGGCAACUUCAGGGUAAAAAGAGGUGCUCAGUGUGACACAUAUUAUUCAAAUAGCAGUUGUCAUCCAUCGAGUUCUUUUUUUGCUGUUCUUGCUACAUAUGGCUACGGUUUGAAAUUGAUAUUUUGCUUAUCUCCAGGAAAAGGAACAGAAAAGACAACAGCAGAUGAUGAUCAGGGCAAUUGAAUCCCAGAGGAAACAAGAGGUGAAUACACUAGGACCCCAGUAACUCGACCUCAGAUAACUCAAAUUCCCUGCUAACUUGAACUAAGUCUUAUUUCCCUUAGAUUUGACCCUACUUUUUAGUCACUUGUACUUGGAUAACUCGCACUUGGAUAACUGGAAUUCGAAUUCAAACUAAAUAUGCAUUUCCCUUGAUCAAAAUUUACCUCUAUAACUUGAACUCGGAUAGCUCGAAUUCAAAUUCAAACUCAAUUGCAUUUCCCUUGAUCAAAAUUUACCUCGAUAGCUGAAAUUCUGGUUCUUUCAACUCACCACAAAUACCAUCCCAUUAGCUUUUCCUGUCAUGCAAUCAGUAAAACCCCUAAAACGAAGACUACAGCUAUUUUAUUCUUCAUAAGUGCAAUGAACAGAUCACGUAUUUGAUAGCUAUUUCCCUGUGUUAUCAUAAAAAUUCAUAAUUGUGUUGCAAUUUCUGAUGAGAUAAGUUUAUUUGCACAUCACUGUAUACUGAAGUGCUGAAAUAUCAGUAAACUAUCAAUAUUAACGCAGUAAAUUGAAGAUUCGAAUAACCCUGAUAACUCAACCCCCUGCUAACUCAAGCUGUUUUUUGUUUCCGGUCAGAGUUCAAGUUACCGGGUUGUACUGUAAUAACAAAAAAUGACUUUUUCUCAUCAUCUGCAUUGAAGUUUGCACCUUCUAUCCACUGGUUGGCCCAAUUACUUACAGAUUCAAUUUACUUUUAGGAGCGUGAAAGAUUGAAGGAGGAGAAAAAGAUGGAAAAGAAGCUUCUAAGAGAGAAAAAGCUUGUAAGAAAUGAACAAUUUUAUUGUAAAAUUUUGAUCAUUAUUUUGUCAUGUAUGCAAGUCAAGUUGCAGUAAUUGAAAAGAAGCUUCUGCUUGACAGAAGUUUUUAAGAAAUGAAAUUUUGUUUAUUCUGGUCAUACAGGGUUCUCACAGUCUUGAAAAGUUCUUGAAUUUUAGGGGAAGUCCUUAAAAAGUCCUUGAAUUCCAUUUGUCCUUGAAAAUUCCCAAAAUUUCAGUGCAAGUCAUUGAAAACUCAAGCUCAGAGAAGUUAAAGGUGUUUUACAUGAAGGGUUUUUUAUUCUAUGCAAUAAUUAACUAUCAAUUUAAGACAAGUGAACCGAAAAAUGUAGAGAAGUUUGUUGGAGCAAAGAGUUCAAGGCUCAAUUUCCUGUCAGAAUGGACUGGGAAUGUGCAUUUUUGCACAGUGAGUGACAUUACAUUCCUGGUAGGUGGUCCUUGAAAAGUCCUUAAAAAUGGUUUCAAUUUUUUGUAUGAACCCUGUUAUAAUCUUGUCAUCUGCAAGCAUUCAUUUAAAGUCAUAGUUACAAUGUAUAUAGUACCGGUAUAUAGGUAAAAAUAUAUUUGAAAAAAUAAAAUGAAAUAAAAUAAUCUAAAAUAAAAUACCGUAAAAUUCCGAAAAUAAGCCCCUCCAUGUAUAAUCCCCUCCAAAUAUAGGCCCCUCCAAUCCGGUAACGCAAAAAACCCUCCGUUAAAUCGCCCCUCCAAAUAUAAGCCCCCGGGGGCUUGUACUUGGAAAAUUGCCCACAAAUACAAAGUAAAACAAAGCAAAAAUGGUAAGUUUACUUCCAACUAUAAGGCUAGCCCAAUCGAUUUUGAAACGCAAAUUUCCCGCCGUAGAUAAGCCCCUCCAAAAAUAAGCCCCUCAGAAAGGGCCUUUGAAAAAUAUAAGCCCCGGGGGCUUAUUUUCGGAAUUUUACGGUUACUGAAGUGGAAGUGGAAUGCAGCAUAACUGGGAGUUUAUACAAAAGAGUAAAGUACAUGAUAGCAUUUUGAUGUGAGUUUGCUGAGAGAUUAAAAAAAGUGGUGUUUCUAAUCCCUUGUUCAGGAACAAAAGAGGAGAGAGAUGAUCUUAGCUCGGGAGUUGAAGAAGCCAGUCGAGGAUAUGGUACUAAAGGACAGCAAGGUAUGGUAUCAAAAUUAUAUAAAUCCGAUACAAUAACCCAAGUCAGCGAGUUUAUUGCCAUGUGGUUUACGAUGAUGUUUAAACUUUGUCAAGGUGUUGCCUUCUCUGACUCGAGUCAAAGGUCUUCAGGUGCCUGGUGGAGCUUUUGCCGACUUGUUGAUGCUUCAAGAAUUUGUACACAACUUUGGGGAAGCCUUGGAUCUAGGUAAGAGAACUGAGUUUGCAUUUUAAUUUUCCCUUAUAAUAUUAUCAGUUCAUUGUCAUCUGGUCUAAUUUAGAAGACUUUUUAGCAUUUUGUUAACAGAGUGAUGGUAUGUAGUCUUGUGAAAAAUUCCUGUCAUCAUCAUCAUCUUCAUCAUCAUCAUUACUUUUGAUGUAAUUUUGAAUUUUAUUUCUAGCUGAAUUUUUUAUCCACUUACUCCUGUACAAUUCAGAACUUAUGCUUAUUAACAAUUUGAUGGAUGUGCGAUUAAUUUACUGUACUGAUUUAGUUUUUGUCUAUGAAUGUCAUCCUAUAGAUUCUUCUGAAAUUCCUUCACUAUGGGAAAUGCAGUCUUCAUUGUUGAAUGAAAGCAGUGAGGAUGUUCUUGUGCCACUCGGUCAAAGUCUUCUUCUUUCUGCUUUAGAGGAUCCAGGCUGUGAAGGACCAGAUGUGAGUAGCUUUUUCUUCUUGAAAUGGUCAAACAACAUUUUGUGGGUAAAUGUAAUUUAUUUGAAAAAAAUGCCAAACAAGAAAAUCACACAAGUGGUGCCAAAUUAUUUAGUUGUCCUGCUGUAGGAAUUGAUUUGCUGACUCAAAUGCUGUUAACUUAUUAUGUCAUUAAAAAAUCUUUAAUUUUGGGAAGUUCAGAUUAGAAUAGCUUUGACAAUGAAUAACAAAGACUUUCUUGGUGCUGUUACACAUUAUCGAUGUGGAUGUAUGUAUGGUAAUACCAAUCAUUUGAUAAUAGAGAGCUUUAGAUUUCAACACAAGGACAAAUACAAGUGCGAGAGUUUCUCAUUACUAAGUAGUGCUUUUGCGUGAACCAAUGUAAUUUUGAUGGGAAAACGUGAUAUCUGUCGUCAUUCUACCACUAGUUUUGGAGAGAAUGUCAUAGUGACAGAAACAAGUUAUCAAACGUUAGAGGUUUAAUCAUUUUGCGAGUAGGAUAGGGCUUAACUUCCUUCAGUUAAGAUAACAGUGCUAACUUUUCUGGUGGAAAAAAAAAACCGUGAAGCUUUCUGGGCGGUCUAUUUUUUAAGAAUACUUACAAAAACUUAAAGUCAAAUCCGUACUCUUAGUCAUUCUCUUCCUGGAAUCUAAAGGUCUCUAAUGACAUUCAUAGCAAAUGUGUGCACUUGAAAUGGAAAUGGAUGUGUCCUAACCUUUUAUCUUAAAAAAAAAGAAAAGAAUCUGUCAAAGUUAUAAAGGAAAUAAAUAAUCAUAUUGUUAGAAACUGGAAAACUUAAUUUAACGUUUUAAAUAGUCAGAGAACAUAGCUGACACACUUGUUUUCCUGUGAAAUGACAUCUGAGGAUUGAGCAAAGAAAUUCCAUUCUGAUACACAUCACUGACCAGAUCUGGGAAGUGCCUCUAACUGGGUAAAAAUUUGCUGCAACCAAUCAGAAGCAUUACCCAGAUCUGGGUUGUGACAUGUCAUUAGUAUAGACCUUUUGCACUCGUUCCUCAGACGUCAUUUUGCAGAGAAACCAGUGUGUGGCAAAAUGUUGGCUCUUUUCUCAGAAUUAAUUUCAUUUCUCCUGGGGGUGUUUUAAUUUGGUUAAAUGUAAUUUAACUAAGUUAACCACCACGAGCUUAGCGGUCAAGCGGUUCACAAGCGUAGCGGUCAAGCAAUUCACAAGCAUAGCGGUCAAGCGGUUCACUAGCUUAGCAGUUGAGCGGUCCACAAGUUAAGCGGUCUAGCGGUCCACAAGCUUAGCGGUCAAGCGGUCUACAAGCUUAGCGGUCAAGCGGCCCACGAGCGUAGCGGGCAUCCAGCGGUCAAUCCCAUAAGUGCAGGCUCACAUGGUGUGUGGUAGCUUUGUACAUGGCUAGGAUCUGCGAGUUGUUCAUCGGCGUUUGUGCAGUGGUCUGUGGAGCGGUUCAUUUCCCAUCCCUAUUUUUCUUCCUUCCACUGUUUGAUCAGUGUGACGGGUGCCUGGAAUGGGGGCUCAUGGCUGGGUUGCGGGGAUUUGCCAGCCAUGGGGGCAGUUUUUCUAUCUAGGGGCUGGCUGGCCACAGUGGAAGCCCCUGGGUAUCCCAGGCACCCACCUUCCACUUAAGCGAGGCAGUUGGUUAAUUUCAAUGAUCUCAUGAGAUUUUCAUCUAUCAACUUCUGUAGUAGAGUGGGUAAGAUAACUGGCUUAAAUUUUGUUGCUUUUGUUAACAGUCUUUCACGAUGCUAGGAGUAUCUUUAGCUAAAGUUGAGCUGAAUGAGACAAACUUGUCAGAAGUUCUCAGGUUAUUUAUUCUGUCAAGAAAUGCUGGAGAUCCACACCCGGUAUGUAUGGUAGUGUAACACUUUUUCUACAGUUUUGUACAAAUCUCACCUAAACAGAUGCCACCUAUGGCCGUCAUCAAGUGACGUUCCCGUUCUGUUGCUAAAUCAGCCUGUUGUUCAUUUUGGUGAACAUAAUUUUUAAGUUGCUGUUCCACCAAGGAUGGCAUUGUCUAAUCAGUUUGUACAUGUAUUUGUAGUGGUUCUUCAAUUAUGUUAUCGUUGGUUUAAAUGUUAGUUACUGGUCUUUGUUUUAUCAACAUAUAAAACCAUACCCAAUGACGAAGGAAACAAAAUUGAACCACAGAAUAGUCCUAGCUUAUAGAUUGAGAUGAUUUGGAUUCUACUUAGUCCUACAACUGUGCUUGUAUUGCUGUUUUGAUUAGUUGUCUGAUGCACUUUCGACAACUCCAUUCCAAGCCCUUACCAUGACACAGAAAGCUGGAGUUAUGGCUUAUCUCUGCAAUGAACUUCUUUGUAGCAGAACGAUAUGCAAGUAUGUACAGUGCUUUUGUUGUUUUAUUGUAAAAUGAUUACAUCUUUCUCUCCCAGAGUAAAAUAAUAAUAAUAAUAAUUUUUUUCCCAAUUUCAUUUUGUAAUGUUCUAAUUAACAAACAGUACCAUGCAAAAACACUACUAUGCUUGGAAUCCCAGUUAGUUAACCAAAUGCAAUUUGUGUUGGAAAAAAAUCUUUUCUAAGACACUAUUUCAGCUCUUCAAAAGAGCAUGUUGUAUGUUAUUGAUUGCCUGAUUGUGUGUUUUUCAUUACUAAUAUUUUCCAGGGAAAUCGAAGGCAGCAUAGAGCACAUGUCAAAUUUACGACGAGACAAAUGGGUUGUGGAAGGCAAGAUUAGAAAGUGAGUUUGUACUUAUUGGUCAUUUGUGUGGCCUUUUGACAGAAUGGCUCCAUUUUCUUUGUCAUGCUCAAUUUCUCUUUCAGCAGCACAAACAACAAAAAAUAAAUGUGUCAAUCAUGUCACAUAAUGUGCGUUCCUUUGGGAUGAUCCGGAUCAGGAUCAGUGAUGCGAGAUCACUCGGAUCAUGGUAGAUCAAAUGAACCGAUGAAUCCUUGUUAAGAGUGGAUUCAUCGGUUCAUUUGACGUACCAUGAUCGGAGUGAUCUCAGAUCACUGAUCCUGAUCCGGAUCAUCCCAAGGGAAUGCACCCAUAGAUACAUAGAUUAUGGUUUCACACUGGUUGUGUAGAACAGUUAAGUUGACUUUCUUAAUGAGUCAGUAUUUGCAUACAGUCUUACCUCCAUGCACGACCAUGUUUCCUUGACAAAGCUUGGAACCCCUUGCAAAAGAACACCUUUUGUAAGUGACCACAACCACCCUUUGGGGUUAUGGUUUUCCUAUUUGCCAUUGUUUUUACCCUUUUGUAGGCGACCCCUUGAUACAUGACCUGAGAUCUCUAUACUGAUGGGUUGUAAUAUGCUUCCCAAAGUGUAUAAAUAACUUUUAGGGAUAACUUGGAACUACACAUAUCAUUACUUACAAUUACUGUAUUUAUUCGAAUAAGCACCCAUCCUAAAGGCAGAAAAAAGUUAUUAAGUGCCCAGCCUUGAAUAAGCACUAAACCCACCCCACCCCCUUUUAAUAAUAAUAAUAUAAUAAUAACUUUAUUUCUAUAGCGCUCUUAUCCUAUGUUCAAGGCGCUUUACAGUCAUGUAAACAACAUUAUUGAAAAAUAUUUACAAAUUUACAACCAUAUCCUAAUAUAUUUACAAUGGAUAAAAAAGGAAAAAAUUAAAACUAAAACAACUAUUAAACCAUAUUCAUAAUGAUAAAAAAAGGGAAAAAAUUAAAAACUAACGCAAUAUAUACAAAUCUAUAAAAACAAUGAUCGGUUAUCACUGAAUUUAGUAAACAAGUACGUCUUAAGUGAUCUUUUAAAACUCGAGAUGGUGUUGGACUUCCGAAUUUCAUAGGGUAUUAAGUUCCAUUCUCUUGGUGCGUGAACAGCGAAUGCUCUAUCUCCGUAGGUCUUGGUAUACGAUCUAGGUUGCAUUAAAAGUUCAUUACUAACAGACCUCAAUGAUCUAGAAUGAGAACGAUAAUGUAGUUUUUGAGCUAAAUAGCUAGGUGAUGUCCCAUUCAGUGAUUUAUACACGACGAGCAGAAUCUUUAAAAUAAUACGAUAUUGAAUCGGUAGCCAGUGAAGCGCACACAAAACAGGUGUGAUAUGCUGAAACUUACUCACUUGCAACACAACUCUAGCUGCCGUGUUUUGUACAUACUGCAAUCUUUGUAACUGAUACUUAGGUAGGCCGUAUAAUAAUGCAUUACAGUAAUCUAGUUUCGAUGUGACAAAUGCAUGAACAGCAACUUCUGCUUAUUCUUUAGUGAAAUACUUCCUAAUUCUAGAUAGGUUCCUGAGAUGAUAAAAUGAUGAUCUACAGAUGCUAGACACAUGUGCCCCUCCCACAUGUGCAUGUGCCCCUCCCACCAUGUAAUAAGAGACUUCCCCGAAGAUGGAGUUUUCUUCAGAGUCUUUUACAGAAACCUUGCUUUGUUACAUCUUCGCAUUUUGCUAUUACCAUUUAUUGUUUUGUUGCAAAAUAGACAUACUACACUUGCUGAAAAUGUUGAAAAAGUUAAUAAGCGCCCAGCCUCGAAUAAGGGCCCACCUCAAAUAAGCGCCCACCCUCAAGGUCCAGAAAUUUAAUAAGCACCCAGGGUGGUUAAUCGAAUAAAAUACGGUAACCUGCAUGCAAUUUAUUCUCAUCCGAAGAGUAUGUGUCAGGACCUUGACCUAGAAAAAAACUGCCUGUGGUUCAAUUCUCAUAAUCUUAACAAUUUAGGAUGGUUUGACUGUAUUUCUUGUUUAGGUUGAAAGCCAUUCAAGCAGAGAAGUACCCUGUUGUGAAGGUCAAGAAACCACCUGGUCGACCAAGAGCUGACACUAGCAGUGUAGUGGACCCUGAAGGUGAGAAUAGUAAUGCCGCAGCUGAUGACAGCAUGCAGGGUAAUGAAGAGGAGGAUGAAGAGGAAGAAGAAGAGGAGGAGGAAGAGGAGGAGGAGGAUGAUGACGAUGGAGAAGGAGGGGAUGACGGGACACAGUCUAGUGAGGAGUCAGAUGAGGAAGAGGUAAGAGGGUCUUGAAAUGCAUGUAAAAAAAAUGCUGACUACGGUAUUCCCACUAAACUGCCUUUCCAUCUAAGAGCACAUGGAAUCUUAGCACCUGGGCAUAAUUGUAUGUAAACACUGCUGUCAUGAGUAGUGACACUGUUUUUUUCAUGUUUUCUCUGUCAAAUUACAUGUAACUGUGUUAAAAGAGUAUAUAAUUUUUUUUUGGCAGGAUGCUGCAGAGCCCACUACUCAAGAAGAACUAGAACGAAGGCUUAAAAAACUAGAAAAGGUAGCCUUUCCUUUUGGUUCUACAAAAACCAACAACUCAUUCACUGUGUACAUCUGUAAUCCAUUUUUUCUUCUAAUUAUAUUCAAGUAUAAGCAUUAUGAAUUAUUUUCCUCUAGCACUGUCCAUGAAAAUUGUGGUUCUAAAUUUUGAGUGUCUGUGGAGGAAAUUCUUAUUUAAGUUUAUAUAUUGGUAACCAUUAAAAUCAAAGCUGAUGAGUAGUACUUUGACUUUUCUAAGGAGUGGGUUUUAGCAGAAUUGUCCUUAGGUUUAAGUUGAGGAUAAUAAUGUUGUUCUUGUGUCUCUGGUAAAUAUUCAGAUGGAACUGAUAAGACUACAUACAUACUUCCUUAAAAUGUACAUGAUACAAUAAGAUUGGUGAAAGAUUUCUUGAAUAUUGAUUUUGGAAACCUUUGGAGUUUUGAGUUUUAAUGCUGGAAAUGCAUUUAGUUAACUAAGUUUGUUUGUUUGUUCAAUUUUCAGAAACAUGCCCAGUUUCGCUCUAAACUGUUUGGUUCAUCUCAUGCCUUGCGAGCCUUGUGUUUGGGUCAGGAUCGCUACAAAAGGCGCUACUGGAUUUUGCCCCAUGGGGGUGGGAUCUUUGUGGAAGGACUGGAAACAGCAGAAAAGGAAAUUGUGCUUGAUUUGAAGACUGAGGGUGAAGAAAAUAUCCAUGCUGAAAUAAUGAAAGUGGGAAUGGAGCCUCAUGGAGCAAAUCAAAAUCUGAAGGCUGAGGCUUGUCAAGGAGGUACUGAAAAUCAUACCGGAACAGAGGCAAGCUUGAAGUCUCCUACUAAAACAGCUCUGAAAUCUCCCCUUCAUUCACCCACGCACUUAUCGCAGGAGGGUAUUGCUAAACAACACAAAGAAACAUUUACGGCUCCCUCAGGGGAUAAUAAGGCUUCGAACACUUCAGCUACAGCUUUCCAACCAAAACUGAACAGUGGUUACAUUCCUGCGGCAGCCAGUAGGAAUGCUAUGGAAAUUCAACGAAUUGAAAAUCUUUUCAAGACAGACUCUGCUCACCAUAAUAAUUCUGCUGCUCAGCAACCGCAAGAAACGAACUCUUGGUUUAAUCUCCUGCCACGUAUGCCAUGUGAUGAAUCCUCACUGACACUCUCUCAUACCCACAACAGCGGUCAGUUUGUUCCUACCUACAGCAAGAGAAGCUUGGAUACGGACAUUGCUGGUGCUUCACCUUCCAUCAAACGGCCACCAGGUCGACCGCCACGGAUUUCUGUUCCAAAUGACAAUCAACCUGGUCCCAGUUCUGUUCCGAGAGACAUUCCUACGCAAGCAAUGUCAAUUCAGUAUCUUCCACAGCUUGCUGUCAAGCGACCACCUGGAAGACCACCUAAAUCAUCAUAUCAGACUAUUAAUUUGACAUAUAUCGAGGGCCAGCCUGGUGGAGGUUUGCCUACAUCUACCAUGGCUGCCAGUACACAGUCUGUGUCCACCAUGUCCUUGUCAUUUGAGGAGUUAAAAAAGAAUGUGUUGGAAUCGUUAAUGCAGGAGCCAGCACCCAUACCACCAGGUAUUGAACAGAAAAAUACCUUCAAGACCAUUUUCACAAAGUGUUGUGUUUUCAUGUACAGAUUUUGCAAAUCUGUCUUGAGCCAUAUGCAUCACAAAGUUUUUUUUAUCUUUAGAGUUACAACAUGGCUGGUGGAGAAUAACAGAGCCUGCCCAACUGAAAGAAAUCAUCAAGAUUUUACACUCCAGGUAAUUAAGACCUAAAAAAGGCAUUGUUGUUUUUUGUUGGAGCUUUAGUUGCAGCAAAACUUGAAGGAUCUCUUUAUUGGCACCGUCCUGAAAAGGCACCAUUACUAUGAUACCAACAUUGUUCUUUAAUAGUGGUGUCUUAUAAAGGUUACUGUUUUUUUUAUGAAGUUAAAUAAAAUAUUUAUUUAACACAGCUAACAACAAGUAGCGAGGGGGUGAUCACCGGUCAGUUGUUUGGCUCAAACGCUAUCAGCUUUGCUUGCAUCACCUCCAUGUGCUCAGUACAGGGUUUUCCCGGCGGCCACUCUCUUCGUUUAGCCUUUGGAUCAUUCUUUUACCCCCAUCCCUCCCCCCUUUAUUUUUCCACUGAUAAAUCAUUGUGACAGGUGCCUGGUUCCAUUGUCGUGGGGGCUCAUGGCUGGAGGGCGCUGGUUUGCCAGCCAUGGGGGCAUAACCAUGUCUAGGGGCUGGCUGUACCAUAUGUGGAAGCCCCUGGACAUCCUAGCCACCCACCUUCACUAGCGACACUGUUGUUAAUUUUUACUAAAAUGCUUUUUUGCAGAGGAAUAAGAGAAAAGAUUCUUCAAAAGAGUUGCCAGAAGUACUCAGAGUAUGCAAACAGUUCAUGUACCAAGGGCGACCAAGGUGAAUAGAAAUGAAGCAUCUUGUUCAGAAAUGUAGACAAACACCAGUUUCUGAAGCAUUAAGUACCUGAAAAAAUUUCUGCCUCCAUUGAAUGGGAUAUUCAUCCAUCAGAAGGUUAACUUCAGCACUAAAUCAGCAGUUUGUUGUUAUGAACCUGGACACAGGGAGAUAUUAGGGCCAUUAUUUUGUAUGAGGAAAAAUAAGACGCGUCUGAAACAAGAUGCAAACUUUCCAUAUAAACGGCACAUUUUGCCUAAAAUAAGACAUGCCUUACAGGUAAGACCUUUGUGUCUUACAUAAGAUGCAACUGCAUAGUACGUGUGCAUUUAUUUUUGGCGUGCCAUGUUGGAUUGUCAUUGCUAUGGGCAACAUUCAUAUGAAAACGAGUCAAGAACAGAAAUAAGAUGCAAACCAUUUAUACGAGCUGUUCUUGUCUUAGAUAAGACAUGCUCCUAUAAAUGGUACAGUUCGCGUCUUAUUUUUUCCUCAUAUAAAUGGCCAUAUUGUUGAACGUUUGUUGUAUCAUAAUACAGUGCAAUAGCAAUAACCACCCAAAUUCAGAUUGAAAUUCAAAUUUGUAACAAUCAAAGAGGGGAAUAUUAGAGCAUCUGGAACACCAUAGAUGUGACAUGGCUUUGAGAACACUGUCUAAAAGAUAAUAUACUUGACUCCGAACUCUUCCAAACUUUGUAUUCUUGCUACUUAUUAUGGCUCUUCCAUGCGUCCCUCUCUGCCAAAAAAGGAGAAACAAUACAAUAAAAGUACUAAGUUAACUUGCAGCCUGUAAGGUGACAGUUUGUUCUUCUGUAUUUGAAACCAACAGUCGAGAGUGAUUCAGAUGACGAUGAGCCUCUUGAGAAGUCGAAGAAACAAGAAACAGAUGCUAACAUGGACAUAGGUGAUAAGACAUUUCCUGAAGUGGCAUUUGCUGUUGACAAAGCAAUUCUCAGGGAGGUGGAGGAGAUGGAGGAAAAAGUUUUUACUGCAAGUUUGCAAGUCAAAGUAAGUGAAGAAUGUCUUGAGUAUUAAUUCUGAUUUCUAGGUGAUCAAGGACUCAUUUCCCAAAUGGAAGCUGAUAAUCAGGCCUACCCAUAGCCUGCGUCGCAGACACUCUAAACCUUCUGUAUAGAGAGUCUGCGAAUUAGUGCACAAUAUCGUGUUCGAAUCCCGUAGAGUAGCAUGGAUAUAUGUCGGCGUUAUUGAUUGGCUAUUUUCUUUCGCAGUUUGUGAUUAGUCCGAUUUGAAUUAAGCGUUGACAGGCCAAACAUGACUCAUAGCUCGUGACCAGAGAGAUUAAGCUCGUGAUAGUGUGAAACGUGACUUUAGAGACCCCUAGAGUAGCUUGAACAACAGAUGUUUUUCUUGCUCUCUUUUUGCGUAAUUUAUACAGUGCAUGGAGUAUUCUACAAUUUGACUGAGCAAUUUUUUUUUGCCUCUUUGAGUCUCACCUUUAGCUACAUUUAGAGGUUGUGAAGCUGGUCUGUUUCAUACAUAUUGAGUAAUUAGUUCCUGUAGUUUAUUUUUUGGCAAAUGUUUUCUAAGAGGAUUUGAUCACAGAUGCAUAAAUGAUUUUCUUUUACCUCUGAUUAAGCCUUAAGCUUCUUUAUUGCGGCUAAAUAACCUAAUUUUCUUUGGUUUUCAACGAAAACGCUUGGACCUGAAUAGCUACAUGUGUGUAGUUUUUUUUUUUUUUUAUCGUGAAUAACGUGAUGAUUUCUUCAUUUGUUUUGAAUCUAGAACUGUCGGCUAGAUUACAGAAUACGCAAUAGUACAUCUGCAGCGAUUGGAAGACGCUGGGAAACCAGCCGGCAAAUUUACUAGCAAAUUUUGGCCUUGAAGGAAUUAUGAAUAUCUCAAAGCGUUUUUUUGCUCAGAAGACGGCUCUAAAGUUCGAACUGAUCUUUCGAUUACUGUAAACGAUCCUUGCCAACUCCCUUCUGUGAAUUUUAAUUGACAUGUCACAGCGCCCAACCGUCACGCACACGUAAAAAUUAGGCCAAUCGUGCGGCUUGUAAGAAACCCGUAAGAAACCCGCCUAUUACGACGCCGUGUUUAUUUGGAAUCACUUGUUUUCUGAAAUAGCUGACCUGCAUGCGCCCGUGAAAAGGCGAAGAAUACGAGGUGUUCCGCUCCCGUGGUUGAAUGAUACAAUCAGUGAGGUGAUGAAGGAUCGUGAUUUUCACCAUCGUAAAGCCGUGAAAACCAAUUCUGCUUUUCACUGGGCUCGCUAUAGAAAGUUAAGAAAUAGGGUCAAUCGUGAAGUCAAGGCAGCAAAAUCCAAGUAUUAUUGUGACUUGAUUUUAGAGGCUAAAGGGAUUCAGGAAAGAUCUGGAAGGCGGUGAAUGAGGUGUCUUGGCAAGACUAAAUCCUCGAGCCCACAAUGUAUCGUAGUUGAUGGUGUUGAACACACCACCCCAGCCUCUAUUGCAUCCGUGCUCAACUGUUAUUUCUCAUCCAUUGGCAGAAGUCUUGCAAAUAAAAUAUCAGCUGCUGCUAUGUUCCCAGUCAGAUCGGCCACGAUGCUACAGUCUUUCUCGCUUGACGAAGUUGAUGAGAAAACAGUACUCAAGCAUCUGCUUUCUCUAAAGACAAAUAAAGCUAUUGGCUUGGACAACAUCAGUGCUUGACUUUUAAAGUGUGGCGCGCGUGCUAUUUGUCCCUCGAUCACCAAGUUACUGAAUCUCUCUAUUCGCACUGGCAAUUUUCCUGAAAUAUGGAAAUGCUCGAAAGUGGCUGCACUUUUCAAAACUGGAGAUAGGAGAGAUGCGUCAAAUUAUCGCCCAAUUUCUAUUCUGCCAACAAUGAGUAAAAUUCUGGAAAAAAUUCGUCCAUUCCCAAUUCUAUGACUUUCUGAAUUCAAAUAAUCUCCUUUCAAGCAAACAAUUUGGCUUCCGUCCCAAACUGUCUACAACAUCGGCUCUCACCAGUUUUGCAGAUGAGGUCCUAUUGCAUAUGGAGAGUGGAGAACUGUGCGGUGCAGUGUUCCUAGAUCUGACCAAGGCAUUCGAUACCGUUGACCAUACGAUCUUGCUAUCUAAAUUGUCGGCUAUCGAUGUCUCGCCCAGCACUCUACAGUGGUUCAAGUCUUACCUGAAUCAUCGUAAACAGCGGACUGCCUGUAGCGAUGCUGUGUCUGACCCUCUCCCGAUGACCUUUGGGGUGCCACAGGGGAGCAUUCUAGGACCGCUUCUCUUCUUGGUUUAUAUUAAUGACCUUCCGCUGGUUAUAAAGAAUUGCGAAGUGACUUUGUAUGCUGAUGACACGGUCCUGUACUACUUUGCUAAAGAGCCACACCUGUUAGAAGAGGCACUGAAUGAUGAUCUCUUGAAAGUUGCCCAGUGGUUACAUGGAAAUAAGUUAACUUUAAAUCUUACUAAGACGAAAUCCAUGAUUAUAGGCAGUAAUAGGAAACUUGCUGGUAUUUCCUCUUUCACGUUAUCUAUUUUUGACACUGAUAUAAAUUCUGUAAGUAGUUUUAAAUAUUUGGGAGUUAUGUUGUCUUCAACUUUCACAUGGUCCGACCAUAUUGAGUAUAUUUCAUGUAAGGUUAAUAAAAACCUUGGUCUCCUACGUAGGAUUAAGUAUUAUUUACCUUAUGAUGCCCGUUUACUUUUUAUAAUAGCUUAGUGCUACCUAUUUUUUGAUUAUGCUGAUUUAGUCUGGGGUGACAAGGACAAUGUCUCACUUAUGAAGGAAUUGCAAAUUCUCCAAAACAAAGCAGCUAAGUUGAUAUUAGAUAGAUCACCUCACUCCUCAUCCACCGAUGCAUUGAUUGUCUUGAGAUGGCUGAAUCUUGAAGAACGUAGGAAAUGUCAUCGAUGUAUAUAUGCAUACAAGUGUAUUAAUGGCCAACUUAAUCAUUCUUUGGACAUUGUAAGAAAGAGUGAUAUACAUUCCUACAAUACGCCGCAAUAAUAACGAUACUAUCAAGCUCCCCAAAAUUAAAUAUAAUUGGGGAAAACAACGUUCAUGGUACCACUGUUUCAAAGACUUUAAUGAAUUAGAGAGAACUGUAAGAAACUCAGCAAGUUUUCCAAUUUUUAAGAAGUGUCUUUUUCUGCUUUUUAUAAUUGAGUACUUGUAGUGUGUAUGUUUUAAUUAUUUCUGUAACUCGAUUUUUAGCUUGAAUUUUUUUUUUUUUUUUUUUUUUUUUUGUAUCAUAUAUAUCGAUUUUAGCUUAACCUUUUUAUAUUUUAAUUGUAUUAUAUAAUAUACAUCUCGUAAUUAGGACCUCUAUGUAAACCACUCUUGUGAUGGAGCAUCCUAUUAAAAGAUUGUUAUUAUUAUUAGAAACGCUCACAUAUGUCCUUGCGACUCUGCAGGAUAUUAGAACGAGCUUUUGUGCACUAAUUCGCAGACGGACUAUACAAAUGGUUUAGACGAAUACGUGGGCCGGCUGCAACGCAGGCUAGCCUACCCAAUAAUAUGUUAAAUUGUCCUUUCAGUAGGCCAUGGAGGCUUGAAAAAAACUUGAAUUCAAGCUUGUCCUUUGGGCAAGCAGUUAUUACACUUUGCUUGCUCGGGGCCACUUCUAACCCGUCUUAGUUAAUGAAAUUAAUAGAGGGUGACUUACCUGCCCUCUUGCCUAUUCGGCAAGUAAGUUUUAAAAGUUACUUGCCCAGAAAGGAAAUCUACUUGUCCCAGACUAGCAGAUGGGACUUUUUUUAAGCCCUGACCUUGGCGGUUGGACAAGAUGUCCUGACAAAAUCAGUACCAAAGACUGUCCUUUUGUAGUUGAAUAAAAUCUACCUUGGAACAUGUGAGUUAUUGUGCCUUUGAAAAAAACAUUGUUACGGUGAAUAAUUAUAUGACAGUUAUCUGUCUACCUAUGACCACUUCUUGCAGGGAUUGAACCCUGUGCCUGUCAUGCACAGUUUUUGUGGAACACACAUAAUUGAGUCGCACUGCAUUUUAGUUUUUUGAGACCAAAAUGGUGACUUAGCCAAGCCUAUGUCCUUUCAUGAAAGGAAAAUUAUUUGCAGCUCUGCUGGAACGAGUUAUGGAUCAUAUGCUUAAAAUUUAGUACCUAACGAAGGUAAUAUCUUUUUUCAGGGUUGGAGGUUACCCCCAAAAGCAUCAAAAGGGUUAAGUCAUAAUCCACAGUCUGGUGAGUGAUCGGAAACACUUCUGUUUACUCUGUAAGACAGAACAUUUGCAAGCAAACUUCAGAACAUGUUCCAUCCUUACUAUCACUCAAAUUUGAAAUAUGGCCAAGUUGACAAAGGCAUAUGUUGAUCAGUGAUCUCAAGCUUGGAAAUGCUAAGAAGUGAACCUUGAUAGUACUAUGUACCACAACAGAAACUCCAAUAUAAUGGUGAUACUGCUAAUCUAAUCAAUUUUGAAAUCUUAUAACGUUUUUGCAUUGCACCGUUAUCAGUAACAGAAAAGAUUAUUUGGUUGUGAAGACCUGCAUGUAAGAUAAUAAAAGAUACAUUCAUGGCAAGAGAUUGUAACGUUUAAGUCCCUAUUAAUAUAAAAACACAAAGUACAUUAUAAACCAUAAACCAGUAAUGUUUAGCACUUUGUUAUGAAUGUGGUGUAUGCAUUGUGUUCCUUUGGGUUUGGUUUACACCAGUUUAGUAGUUCAUUUGUUAUUUCUUUUGUGCUAAAGGUUUUGAAUAUAACUUUUACAGAAUCCAGUAUGAGUUCUGAGGACAGCCCAUUAGUGAUUGCUAUAAACAGACUGGCAUCAUUAGAGAAAGGAAUAGAAAGACGAUAUCUGAAGCAUCCACUGAGGAAUGAGUGAGUUACUGUUGUGUAUCUCUUGACCCUCCUUUAAAGUUAUUUACCGUAAAUCCUCUAUUAAGCUCCCCCUCUCAGUGAUUUUGUGACAAAUAGUUAUGGUGAGUCCUGGGACUCCUCUUGUGAAAAAUCGUGAGUCCCUGUCCAUGACCAGUGUGUCCCAGUAAAAAAAAAACAAGGAGUCCGAAAUUGGAAAUACUUAGGCUUUUACAGUGUAUGUAACCAGACAGUUAAUAUGGAGACAGGUGCCAAAACUCUUUAUCACAGUUUACUGAAAUUAAAAUAUAGUCGUGCUAUAUAUUUAAAGCAUAAAAAAGACUUAAUAUUAAAUUUGCAUUUUUAACAACAGCCACAGAAAUCACACGAACAGGAUGCUCUACCGAAAAAUCUUUAAAUCGAUUGAUCGUUCUUUGCAUCGUACGGGACGCAUACCAUGAAUUAUUUUGCGUCUUUACGGAUUCUUAUGCGUCAGGGAUGCAGGACGCAGAGGUAACAAAAUCACUGCCUCUAAUAAGCCUCCCUUUUCUCCUUUCAGAGAGAAAAAAAUAUAAAACCCCACUCUCCCCCUCUCUCCUUAUUCUUAAAUGAUAGACUGAAAUCAUUAAUCAUGAUUGUAACACUUCAUGUUGACUGAUCCGAUAUGGUUUAUUCUUGUACUGGAAGUUCAGAUUAUCUUCAGCUGCAUGAGCUCCAACUUCAUGUGGCUAAGCUUUUCCAGUUUGCAUUCUACUUCUUUCUGGAAAAUCGAUACAAUCGUCUUUGCUAAAAUAAUUUGAAUAAUUUGGAUCUUUGUUUCAACAGUAAGCUUCACAUUCCAUCAAACAUUGGUACAGCAGCUGCCCCAGGGGAAGUACCCUCAGGUAAGUUUUGUAUCUUGUGAGUACAGUCGACUCUCUCUUACAGACAUCUCUACGAGAUGAACACCUCGCUAAAACGGAUACCUAGAGUUGGUCCCUACCUUUCUUUACUUCCUUAAUUUGACCCUUAAUAAAGUAGACAUUGCUCUUAGACGGACACUUAGUAGGAGGCCCAAAGGAAUCCAUCUUAGAGAGGGGUGACUCUAUUGUUCCCUUGGGUGAUCUUAUAACAGAAUGGUGACGUUUUGAAAUCUUGUGAUUUAGGGAAGCCUAACAGCACUAACUCGUUGUAUUUUAUGUAGGAGAGGAUGGGCAGCCAAAAGAAGGCGAAAAAAUGGAGUAAGUAGGAUAAUUCUUAUGAUUUGUUUCCCUCAAACUUUUACUGUCUCUCGGUGCAUGAAGUUAACCCUUUAAGCCCUAAGAGUGAUCAGCAUCAAAUUUCUCCUUGUGAUAUCAAUGCUUUGUAAAACAAAGUGGUCAUGAGCAUUUGGGACAUGAUAACACAAGAUGAAUUUGCUUGAUAUUUUAUCAACUUCUCCCCACCGCUUCUGUAGGAAAUGAACAGCGGCAACAAAUGAGAUCUUAGGGUUAUAAAGCUAUAAAAUUCAUCUGUUAGCCCUUUUGGGCCCUGUCACAGACCAAAUUGACAGAUUUCCCUAGCCUUUUAUAUAUGUCUGGUAGUGAAUUCCACACUCUUUCAUAUACCUGAGGCCUGAAAAAGAUACCCAUUUCGGGCGGAGCCUCCGCGUAUAGGCCAUCAUAGGGAGUAACUGGACCUGGUCGCCUAUGAACCCCUAUAUUAACGGAGUUUGACUGAAUUAUUAACAGGUUUGAGGACGACGUAACAAAUGUAUCGAUAUUUUUGUAGGGUCGAUGUUGAAAUACUGACCCCAGCUUUGAAGAUCUGGCGCGAUGCAGUGCUUUCAGCUCAGUCAGCAGCUCAGUUAUCCAUGUGUAUAUCCAUGUUAUAUGACUGUGUGGCAUGGGAAAAGUCUAUCAUGAAAGUGGUAAGUGUACAUUCACUUCUGUGCAAAAUAAAUUCAACUUUUGAUAACAAGCCACUUCAAUAUAUCAAAACAGGCUAUUUGCAUAAGACUGCAAUUAAGGCGUAUAGACAUUUAACGUGAUGAAAUCGAAUUGCACCAUAAAGUAUGCAGCACUGCGAUGGCCUUGCUCUGUUUGAUUUUUCCCAUAGCUUAGUGGAUAGAAUGCCUGCCUGGUGUCUAGGAUUUUAUGGCUGGAAACCUGAUUGGGACUCAAAGAGUUUUCUUGGAAUCCUCCCAGCGUGUGACAUGACGAUUUCUACCUCUUUCUGGUCUUAAAAAAUUGUGAAAUGUGGGGACAAGAAACGUAUUUUUUUGGGGGGAGGAUGUUGACUUUUGGAAGCAUCCAGGCAUUGUUUAGUUUGAUUUCUCUGUGAAUAUAAAAUGUUGCACACUGGCUUUUAACAAACGCGUUCCGUUUUGCUUUCAGUUUUGCCAGAUUUGCCGUAAAGGUGAUAAUGAAGAGUUGCUUCUAUUGUGUGACGGCUGUGAUAGAGGAUAUCACACGUAUUGCUGCACGGUUAGAUGCAUGUCUUGUGUAUUUAUUUACAGAUAUGUCGGUCAUCUGGGUGGGUUUUGAAACUAUAAGAUACAGAGUUCCAUACAAGGUCAAGCUCACAGAAUCAUCCUUUGACAUAAGAGUGCAAGCCCUGCCCUUCAUUUGGUUUCCUAUAAUAUUAAUUGAUCGUUGGGGAAAAGGGAAUAUAAGAGAGAACCAAAUAGUUCAUGAAAUUUAAGGCUAUCGUACUUAGCAAGUGAAUGCCAACAUCAAGGUAGUGUGCUGGCACUUACGUCUUUGGUAGCCUGGUCAUCACUCUCUCUUUCUCUGGUUAUUGGGUUAAACAAAGUGUUGAGUGUUAAAUGUAAAGCUGUAGCUCCUCAAAUGAUGACGAGUGAUGUAUCUCAGUUCAAAAAUUUCAAAACUGGGUGAUUGGAGUAAGACUUAGUCAAUUGCUGCUUAAUAGAAACAGCAGAUGGGACAGGAAGCUAACCAAAGUACACUUAUAAGACACCGCCACCUACUGAAGACAAUAUUAUUUCCCAAUUAAAAAAGGUUCGAAUUUGCCGUCAUUGUAACUUGAGGCGAGACUGUGCGAUUAUUUAAUUUUCCCUUGAUGUUUAUUGGUAGACUAAUAGACUAUUGUCUUUAUAUUCUGUCAGCCCAAGUUGUCGUCCAUACCCGAGGGAGACUGGUACUGUAUUGACUGUAUUGUUCUGGUAAGUAUGCCUAACACAUUGAAAUGUCAAUCUAAUGACUGUGUCCGAAGCUUUAUCUAGGGCUGCAGCACGAGCCAAAAACCUCUGCGUAGUGGCCAACGUUAGUUUUGCUUCUCAAGCAGUCCCUUUGGGCGAUCGUUUCGUUAGGAACUAAAAGAACCUUUGUGAUGGAUGCUAACGUUCUGUUGGCUUGUCACGCAAUCCUUGUGGAGGGUCAUGUGUUGACGAGCGUAAAGAACGUUGGCGUCGGAAAUUAACGUUGUGUUGGCUUGUCACGCAAUCCAUGUGGAGGGUCAGUGAUGACUAGCUUAUAUAAAAAUCACGUUUGCGUAAAGUUCGUUGGGACACUCACAGUCACGCCAUGCGACUUGAGCCAAAAGAACGUUUGCGUGGGGACAAUGUAGUGUUUUUAUUAUCAUUGCUUCUCAUCCCGAUUUGCCUCUUAAACUCUUGUUGAUUUUAGGCUGCUGGAGGAGAUAAUUGUUGCAUGUGUGGUGGAGCUUCUGGGAAAAUGGCGAAGUGUGAUAAUUGCCCAAGGAACUUCCAUCUACAGUGUCUUGAACCACCUCUGAGCAAGUAAGAAACAUUCAUGUGUAUUGCGGACAGUCAACAUCUUCCCCUUCUAACUCACUCUGCAUGCAUGGUUAUUUUUCUCUUCUUUUUAUGGUCUGGCGUAGUCCAUUCUCUUUUCUUUAGCUAAAUGUAAUGCAGUUUUUAUAAGAGUGGUGUAAAAAGGCUUUAAAUUUACAGGGACACUUAAAAUAGUCGGUCGUGGCUCAGGCCAUGUGUUUGUUGUGUGGAUCGACUGAAUUUUGUAGAGUUUGUUCUUCUACUGAAGAAGGCAACUUGUGGCCUUAGAUGUAGGUUCCUGGUGUUUAUUCAGAACUAUUGAAACUUUUUUUUUACCAUCCAGGGUUCCUCGAGCGUCAUGGACUUGUCCAAACUGCAAAAGGGUAAGUACUAGAGGGGAGGAUCCUGGGCAGAAGAUUGUUGUUUUAGAGAGCGUACAAAAGACACAUGAACAAGGCUCAACUGUUUACACUGUCUUCCUUUUUAGUAGGUGAAGACCUUGUCGGUAGAUGAAAUUCCUUGUAAAUAGUAGCCAAGUCAAUAACUGACUCUCUAAUAUGUGGUUCCAAAACCAGACGUCUUGUUAGAAACGCUUCGAGUCAUUUUUCUCAGUAAUUUUAUCGAGUAAUUCUUAUCGUGUUUGUCCUUAGAAGCGAAGCAAGCCACGCAAGAGGCGAAAAAUCAGAGACGAGGAUGACGAAGAGAAAGAUGACAGAAGACCCAUCACCCCUCCCCCCAAGGAGGAAGUUCGUCCGCACGCCAACCGGAAGCAGUCGUCCAAGGAUAUGGCGCCGUGCCGCUUGAUUUUGGCGGAAAUGGAGAAACAUGAAGAUGCCUGGCCAUUUUUGGUUCCCGUAAAUGCGAAACAGGUGCAUACAACAAUACUCCUCGUUAUGAUUAUCAAUAUUUAAACUCGAUAUCGCGAUCUUGCGAAACAAUACAGCCUGCUUAGCAGGCCCUUGGAAGAAAUGGGUGCAAGAAAGAACGCGAGGGCUCCAAAGCGUCUGCUACGCAGGCUAGAUACAAUAUGGGUAUGCCACGUCGAAAAGUUUGUGAAUUUGCUGCCUUUGCCUUAUAUACUUAUAGCACAGUGCAUGCGGUGACGGAUUUAGGCAGAUUCGUGUGGACACACCCCAGCAGUUCAGGAAGAAAUUGCGCAUCAUCUUUUACUCGCUUUACCCACUCGAACUUAACAGUCGCAUGUCUAAUAUUUUAUUUAUAAGCACAUUAUCUAAAACGAAUUCAGUGACUUGUAAGCUCAGUCCUUAAGAUUUAGUUAGACAAGGCAGGGCAGGGGAUUAUUGAGGGGGUGUGUGGAGAGAGUGCAGUACAGAGCAACAUUAGGGAAGGGGUUUGCAACUUUGCACUACUCUUGACAAGCACCUUUCUCAUUUUGAUGGGUUUUCUUGCAUUUCUGAGCGUCUUUCCUCCAUCUCUUUAGUUCCCAGAAUACUACAAGAUAAUCAAAAGACCAAUGGAUUUCCAUACGAUGAAAAUCAAACUUCGUGACUGCCAGUAAGUGGUAAAAUGUUUUUUUUUCUCCUUGUCCUUUUGUAUUUAAUAACCCUGAGUGCCAGAGGAUUUUUUCUUUCCUAUUUCCUUAUAGUUCGCGGCGUCGCUGCGACAGCGAGGCGCGAAGCGCCAAGAGAAACGUCCCGGGAGCGAUUUAUCAAACCCCUAGGUAUUUAGAGAAUGGACCUCUGGAGCCAGGGUGGUAUUUAAUGAAACGUUUUCCGGCAUUUUGUGAUGUCAUCUCUCUCGUUUCUUAUAGGUACGCUUCACCGUUAGAGUUUGUGGACGAUGCUCGGACAGUUUUUCUUAACUGUGAAGAAUUUAACGAAGAUGACUCGGAGGUGAGACGACAAUAACAGCAAUAGCAAUAACAAAAGCAUCAGCUGCUUAGUACGAAUCGAAUUUUCACUGUUUAAUCAAGGUUGUGAAAUUCCGUAGAAUAAGGUUAUUCUUUUCUUUUAUUUUGUUUUCCAAAUCCUUUUUGUGGCUCUUAAACUUGUAUUGGCCCAAACGGAAUUCUUCUUAGUCCUGGAUUAGUGGACUGUGGUUGAGCGCUGUACUCUUUAGUUAAAAUUUUAUUGUUCCACUAAUUUUCCGGUGAAUUUUUACAGGUUGGCCAAGCUGGAAAAAGACUUUUCAAGUUUUUCGAAGACCGUUGGGAGGAAGUAGCUCCAACCAGUGAUUAAUAGAGGGAGAAAGAAAAGGUAUGAUUUGUGUCAUGAUUAUCUUGUCCAGCACAUUGUUUUCCUUACGCAGUGACGAAAAAUAGGCAAUCUGAGAAUCCUGUGAACAAAGGAGUUUGUACUGGGGGGGGGGGGGGGGAGGUGUCAUCAUUGGUUCAUUACACUUUGCGCUCGUUUUCUGAUUGGUCAUAGUGACUGGUUUGAACUUAAAAACUGCUCUUUCUAGAGACUACUCGUCCGUGAUUGUUUGCCGAGAGGAGAUACGAGAUACCACACUCUCUUUUUCGCGCGGAUAGCUCUUUUCAUGCGCGCUUGCUUCUUCCGCUCGCUCUAAUUAGACUGAUUUAGCAACAGAACAGGACCGUCAGUUGACGACGGCGCGCACAAAUCAAACAACUGGAUUGACCAAUGGCAGAGCGGCAAAUUGAGCACCGGAAGUCGUGUUAAGUCCUUUCCGCGCGCUUUCCCGUCGUCAACUGACGUUCCCGUCCUGUUGUUAAAUCAGCCUAAUAUCUCUCAACGGAAAUAAAGGACUGCAUUGUCUAUAAACAUCCCGUAAAACUUUCGUUUUAUUAAUUGACUCCGCUGCCACUAGCGCAGCACUGGAAUUCGUUUUUUCAUGUGAUGUCCAUUGUUUUAAUGAAUUAUUGCUGCUUUACGGUAGAGUUUUUAUGGACUAUUUUUUAAUGUGACUGUUGUUGUUCCGGUGUUCAAAAGGUGGAUGGCGCUAUCCAUCGGAUAAAUCACUAUCCAGUAGUUAAGGAUUAGGGAAACAAAUUGCGCUAUCUACUGGAUAGAGAUAUAUCCGGUGGAUAGCGCAAUCCAGUUGUUCAAAAGUUGGAUAGCGCUAUCCACCGGAUAAAUCACUAUCCAAUGGAUAAGUAUGAGGGAAACCAAUUGCGCCAUCCACUCGAUAGUGAUUUAUCCGGUUGAUAGCGUUAUCCACCUUUUGAACAAGCUUGUUGUCUUGCUUUGUUCUCAGUUUCGUUCACAAAUCAUUUUGACUUACCAAAUUCUUUUCUUCCACAGAUUACCACGGAUGAUGUACGAACAAUCACUGCCUUGAAGGACAAGUCUAAAUGCUUUUUCUUUCGCACAACUCCAGUCAACGUUCUGCAAACAUCAACACGCAGUCGUGUCAUAGUUUUAUUUCAGGGGAGGGGUGGGAAGUUUCUCGUUAACGCAAGUCGCAGUUUGAAUUUUUGUACCAGAAUAAAUCUAUAUUUAGUUUGUACCAGUGACGUUAGACAAUCUACAAAACCUGUCAGACCUGUAAAUAAGAAACACGAUUGACAAGUCUUCCGACAACACGUAUUUAAACCAAUUAGAAACCGUACCUCGCGAGGAAGAGCAAUGAAG